AGGGACUCCGAGUUUGGUCAGACAUAUCACACCAUCCAUUAUUAUCAACGCUUGUUUCGUCGCUCUCCUCACCAAUAGUCCUCCCAUAUUUGUCAACGCUCCUUUGAUAGAUUUCUCCCCCCCUACAUCUUAUCCCUGUCACUUAGACAACUCGACACGAUGACCUGCUCACAUAUUCACUGCUCGCACCUGGCGUCUCAGGUUAACUAUUGCUCUCGCCCGGUAUCUAGCCAAGCUUGCCCCAUGGUUGAUAUGUCCGGAACUGUACGUAUCAGCUACCCAUUUAUGAAAAUAGGGCGUCUCUCUAACGAUCCCGCAAGGCCCCCGGAAAACGCUGCCCUACCUGCCAGGGCAAGGGCCAAGAAGUAUGGGUCUUACCCGGGCGGGACUGUCCGUACUGCGGAACUUACGUUGCCUGAAUCGAACAACCUCAAGCAUGAGCCGACGGCGGGGCUCUCUGCUCUGCGCAACGACUAUCACAAUAUCAUUUCUCAAUUCCUUUCUCUGCAUGCUCUUUCGAGCAGGGCGAAUCAAUCCUGACCCUGUCCUAGUCGACCGCAAGGGCUAUCGAAUUCACUAAAACCUAGUGUCUGCCUGGAAAAGAAAAUCAGUCCUCGGGGGAGGCGCAUUUCUAGGAGUACACGUCAUUUCAUAGUCAUUGGCUUGCUGGCUUGAAAAGUCGGUGUCUGCUCCGAGGAAUAGCAAGCAUGAAACUCGAUACAAUUUUCUCUUGUUCUUUUUUCUUCUUCUUUGUUGGGGAUACAGAGGGGAAGGGGGCGUCCCAAUAGACUCGAGAUCGGCCGGUUAGACGUGUACGGGCAUGUAGAAAGCGGCA